AACCCGGUGGGAAAAAUAGAAGCACUGAGCGGAAGCCCCUGUGGGGUCUGAGAAGGUGAGCUGGACUUUUCACAGCUGGGCAUGUCAGGGACUGGGAGGCCCGAAGGAGUCCUGGCAGGUGAAAUUGGGCAGAUUGCCAAAGCUUAUUUUUUCAGCCCACGGAAAUUUUUACAUUUUGGCUUUUUUUCUUACAAUGGCUUCCAUUCACAAAUUACUGAUUGGUACUUAUAUCCAUAGAAACUUCCUAAAGCCAAGGGCUGCCUUGCACCCAUUUAUGGGUAUUCAGUUUGUAGACUAUUCUUCCAGUCAUCCGCAGAAACAAGUGGCUCCUGCUGACAGAGUCUCCCAGCAGAGGAAGACUGAAGAGGGUGUACAAGAGGAUCGCCACAAAGAAGCCGCUUUGGAUGUAACUUCCCCUGACAAUGAACCCGAAGUUAGUUUUGACAAAGCAAUUAGAGAUGAAGCAGUAGAACAUAUUAGGCGUUGGAAGGAUGAAAUUGUGGCUCAUUGGAAAGGCCCAGAAGGCCGCCCAUUACAAGAGGUCAUAAUGGAGCAAGCCAAGGUUGUCUGGAAGUUUCGUGAAAAAAAAGAUUUGGAGAAGUGGAUGGUGACUUCUGAUAAGACAAUUGGAGGCAGAAGUGAAAUCUUCUUGAAAAUAGCCAAGAACAAUCAAAGUGCCCUGCUCUAUGGGACUCUGAGCUCCGAGGCCCCUAAAGAUGGAGACAGUAGCCAGAGUGGAUACUGUGCAAUGUUAUCCAGGGUUCCAAGGCGUUCUUUUGAGAGGAAGCAGUAUUAUGAUUGGUCCCUGUUCAAUUCUCUGUAUCUCCGAGUCCGUGGGGAUGGCCGGCCUUGGAUGGUGAAUAUCAGGCAAGAUACAGACUUUAUCCAGAGGAAAAAUCAGAUGUACAGUUACUUCAUGUUCACCCGUGGGGGGCCCUACUGGCAGGAAGUCAAGAUUCCUUUCUCCAAAUUUUUCUUCUCAAAUCAAGGAAGGAUACGAGAUGUCCAGAGCCCACUUGUACUUGACAAGAUCUCUUCUAUAGGAUUCACCCUGGCAGAUAAGGUGGAUGGACCAUUCUUUCUGGAAAUAGAUUUUAUUGGUGUGUUUACUGAUCCAGCCCAUACAGAAGAAUUUGCUUAUGAGAAUUCUCCAGCUCUUAGCCCAAGACUUUUCAAAUAUUGAACUGGGGGCAGACUUGAGUAAACUGAAUAGUGGUCACAAAGUACAAAAUAAAGCCUUUCUGUCUACCACUUC